GCUUCUACUGUCUUGGCUCAAUUCUUCACUUCCACUUUCUGAUCUGCGUACCACCCCCGCUUCGGAAACCCGAGUUGUUUCCUACCAAAUUAGGUACAUAUCAGACUCCUGAACGUCGGCAGCUUCCCCUGCACAUUUCUUCGAUAGCGAUCCAAGUUCGGAUUUUGAUCUACAUUGCCUCUAAUUUCUUUCAUUCGACGCUUCGAACUGCGGAGAAGUCUACUCUUGCAACUCUGUGAAUAACCAGAAAUCUCUGUCGUCGUCUUCCAAGCUAAGCCAUGGCUAUGAAUCCGAACGAGCUUUUCUACGCAGGAUACAACCCAUCGCCGUGGUACAAUGGACAUAACGAUUAUUGGAUCUUGAGAGCAUUAAAUGCCGAGAAGCCGAUAGAAAAGAAGAAGCAGGAAGAUCCUAAGAAGGGGAUUAUCGAAUUGUCAAUGCCUUUGUGCUGCGAAGGGUGUAUCCUGAAAGUACACAAGAAGCUCAAGCCCAUAGAUGGUGUGGCAAGUGUUGAGUGCGAUCAAUUGAAGCAGAAGGUGAUCGUGAAAGGUGAUGCUAAUCCUGAGGCGGUUCUGAAAAAGGCACGGAAGAUUAACAAACGAGCCGAUUUCUGGAAGGAAAAGAAAUGAUGAUCUCUGGCAAAGAACGUACCUCUCUGCGAAACAAAAAAUCUACAGAUUCGCUGACUGAACUGGGUCAUAAAUCAUUGCUAUGAUCUGGACUCGUAUUCGUGAACGUCCAUAUCGAAGAUACUUGGCGAAGUUCACAUCUGAAUGCGGAGGAGAGAAGGGUCCGUCAAAGCGAAUUCUCACAUUCGUACUCUCGGAUGGCUACGAGAUCAGGAGAUAAUUGCCUCGGUCCUUUUAUCUAAAUAACACUACCCUUGCGUCUAGUUCGACUUUCUCACACUGCCGAUCUCCACCACAUUCCAAACUCCUAGGGUAGUAUUUAUCUCAAUUGGUGGGGAGUUCCAUUGCUUUCAAUAAUUCUUGGCGUUUUGCCAUUGUACAAAUGCCUCAUGGCUCGUAGAACAUUUCACAGGGUGGCCUCAAGUGUAAACGCAUUAGAGAAAGUAAAUAUUAGGGACUUUGAAGGGAUAGGACAGGUGAGUCAUUUCUGAUAUUUUUAGGAAAUGCACUGUAAAUCCAUGGGCGAAGAUCUUAGCCAGUUCUAUUUGAGAUGAACGUGUGUGCGUUAUCGAACAUAAGAUUGACAGGAAAGCUUGUAGAAGCAAUUCAGGAGAGUAAUUGAAGUUUAUUAUUCAGUGAUGAUUGUGCGUCUGAUCUCCAGACGCACUAAGUUUGUUGCGUCUAACCGUUAGACUCUAACACAGGCUUCUUUCGCAAACGAAAGGAGAGAAGCGUGAUCAACAAGUUAACACAUGCACGAAAUACAAUACAGUACAGCAUUCUGUACAUGCUAGAAGCGUAUACCGUUUACUGUUGUCGGGUAUCAUUUCUUGCUACCUUGGCUUUCUUCACUUGAUGACAUUCGUAUCUCAGAAGAAAAUCUAUAAUU